UGCUCGGUGCCCUUUGUGUCCCGGGCUCGCUAGCUGGCGGGCUAGCGGCUGGCUCGGCAAAGGCCCGGCCGCUCCGAGUGUCUCGCCGCUCGCGCCUGCGGGGCCCGCCGUGAGGAGCAGCGGCAGCAGCAGCAGCAGAGCGCCGCCAGUGCCGCCAUGGUGAAGAAGCGGAAAGGCCGGGUCCUCGUUGACUCCGACACCGAGGACAGCGGCAGCGAGGAGAACCUGGACCAGGUGGGUGAGCCGAGCUGGGCCCAGGGUUUCUCUCCGCGCCCGCCGCCGCCGCCGGGCUCGCUCUCCGUGGGCGGCUGAGGGGAGCCUUCGGGUCUCCGUCCCUCAGGCGCGUCGGCUUCGGCACCUCGGUGAGGGGCAGAGCGGGGCUGGCGUGUGGGGGGCGAUGGCGGGAGGGCUCUGGGCACCAAACGUGGGUGAGGAGGAGGCGCAAGGGGGGCGUGGAGCGGGUGGGUGCAAGGCUCCCUCGGAAGCAGGCAGUUCGCUGAGGUGCCCUGGAGGAGGAAAUAAUAUCUUAAGGGUAAGGGGUUUUGUUGUUGUUUUCCUCGUCAGUGACGGGACGGACCUCUCCGCCAGGUGAUGGGAUGGGCGGGCAACGAUGCAUCUUGCGCCUGUAGCUCGGGGGCGGCUAGGCUUUGGUCCCCUGGUGUUGCUGAAUUCCCGUCAACCCCAGCCAGCGGUCAGAGGCAGUGAGGGUUUUAGUCCAGCAUCAUCUGGACUAGCCAUUGGCUAGCCACCCCCUACUAUAGGUUGGGCUCCCACCUAAAUAGGAGUCCUUUGAAACUCAAUGGUGCUUGAUGUUUUGAGGGAUAGGGAAUAGGUAGCCUGGUUUCUGGACCUUUUGCAACAAAUCCGUCUUAGUUCGUGUUUCCUGUCACUGAGAAAAGUCUCCCCCUGCAAUGUCCGAGGUUCCCAAAGUGAGUGGUUUAGUUCUGACAUGCAGCCGGGCAGAUGGGGAAUUUUGCAUAAGGUCUCUCUUACUUUCCAAGCUUCACAGUCUUCUGUGUUUCAUGUUCAGGCUUCCACAGCAAGAUCCCUUUUGCCAGAUUCUCGCCAUUCUGUGUCUCUUAUAAUUUUACUAGUCCCCCCACCCCUCUUUGGAUACUUCAGCUCUGCUAAUAAAUAUGAUAUCCAUUUUCUCUGGCUUUUGGCAGGGUGCAAUCAUUUCUGCUUGGUUUACAGUGCUCUCUAGAGGUUUCUGGAACCUGAACAUUUAAUGUCUCUUUUCUAUGUGUAUGCAAAGUGCAUGGAUUGUGAAAAGCAAGCACACCAAUACAACUUCAUUUCUUGGUCAGUAGGGCAGUAGUUUCAGCAUCAAAGCUGCAAAUUCCAUUUUCUGUAAAAGGCAGACCAAAAAUUGAACAGGAUACAGAAGAGGAGGACACACCCAGUCUUUUUGUUUCUAUCUUCUAUUAAGAUAAUAAUAAAUAAAAGGGGUGUUCUGUUGCUCUUGAGCCCCUGCUUGGAAAGAUCCUUUUGUGACCUGCACUCAGGUCAGAGCCAUAGAAUUAGACUUGUUGCUCAGAAUAUAUUUUAUUGUUUUCCUUACAUCGUCCCAGAAGAACAGGGAAUAGCAAAUUAUUCUGGACCCUCCAGUUCCUGCCACAUGCAGGAAGGUCAGAAUAUAGAUGCUGAGGUUAACUGUAAAAGAAUUCAAGCAAGGAUUUUCAUGGCAUUAGUUAAUCUCAUGGAAACCUGUCUGCAUUUCCUAAACUCUGGAGCAGUGACGUUCAUGUCUGCCUAGAUCUAAAAAACCUAUUGAUCAUAUCUCCUUUGGUACUUCAGACCAAAAGAGAUGUAGCAUCAGUUUUUCUGAUGCAGAAGUGGUCAGAUAAGAUUUACACUUCCAAAUGGGUGAUCCUGUCAAGGAGAUUGUUGUCUCUCAUUCUCCUUGUCCAGCUACAGGCUUCCAUUAUUGCUCCCUUUGACUUAGUCUCAUGCCCUAUUUCACUCUUAGAUGCAACAGUGGUUUCUCACUCUCGGCAGAAUGUGUGUACGGAGUUUCUCCUAGUCAGCCUCCAUCGUUUGUCAGCCAAUUUCUGUAUUCCAGUUGAUCAGCAACUGUUAAGGAAGUGACCAUCAUCCUUCAAUAUAUGCAUAACCAUAUAUAUUAGCUGGGAAACCCAGCCUGAUGGGCGGGGUAUAAAUAAUAAAAUUAUUGUUAUUAUAAACAGCCUUGGCACUGAAACAGUCCAGUUCUUUUAUGGGUUCCAAGACUUAGGACAAAAUCUAUGGGUGUCCUGUCAUUUUGGUUGCCUCAGAGACUCAUGUGGGCAUUUCCAGCUUGCAUGAACUCUGUUUAAGGUUCAGCCACUCAAGAUACAAGUCCUAGUGUGGAACCCAUUCUAUCCCAGACAAUCAUAGUUCUCAGAUCCUCUGGUUUAUAGUUGGUUGGCAUUGAUUUGUCACAGGAGACAGUGAAGGAGUGUAUCUAUGAGUGUGAAGUCAAACUGUUGGAGCAUUAUAACACCUGCUGUGACUAUAGAGAUCAAUAUGGGAGAGACAUGUUUCAUUGCAGCUGGGGCAGUUGAAGGCAUCCAUUUGUGCUUCUCUCUGGUGUUUCUUCUCUCUGUGCUCCUCCCAGUGGUCAUUCUUCCUCUGGUCACUGCUGUGGAUACACAAACUGACUGUCUGUCACCAGGCACUGCAGUCAUCUGCAAGGGAUUCCCAUGUGGUGGGGUUGGUGUUGCCAGUCUUCAUGUCCCAGUUGCAGACAUCUUUGUAAUGCAGAGUUGGUCUGCCAAUGGGCCUAAUGUUUGAAGCCAGCUCCUCAUAGAACACAUCCUUGGGGAUCCUGCCAUCUUCUAUUCUGCGGACAUGACCAAGCCAAAAUAGGUGUCGCUGAGACAGCAGUGUGAACAUGCUUGGAAAAACACAUCUUUGAGACUGUCUUGCCAUGUGAUGCCCAAAAUCUUCUUGAUUGUGUUAAGGAUCUCCUGUUCCAAGGUUCAUCACACUAUCCAAGCCACUUGUGCCUCCAGUUGCACAACUGGUAGUUAAACAGCAACAGCUCUAAGACUUCAGAUUGCUAGGUGGUGGACUGGUUCAUACUGUCAAAGCCUUCUAUCAGUCCUCCCUAAACAAUAUGUAGGAGAUACUAUGGGUGUUCUGUAGGUGGUGAAAAUGCCAAUGGAUCCAGCCCAACAAUGCCUAGGUACUAGACCGUUUUCCAUUCCAGAAACUACCACUACAGUGGUACCUCGGGUUACAGACACUUCAGGUUACAGACGCUUCAGGUUACAGACUCCGCUAACCCAGAAAUAGCAUAAUAACUGACAACAACAACAACAACAACAACACAGUUUAAAAGGCCAUUGAUUGGCUAAAUAAACAAAGAGAUGGGAGAAGAGGAAGGUCUUUACCUGGCACCUCAAAAAUAUGUAACAGAGACGCCAGGUGAGCCUCCCUGGGGAGAGCAUUUCACACGCCCGUUCUUGUAUUGCCGCCUUCCAGACAUCUCAUGGAGGAGCCACAUGAAGAAGAGCCUCAGAUGAUGAGCGCAGGGUCCGAAUCAGUUCAUAUGACAAGAGGCUGUCUUGAGGUAUUGCAGUCCUGAGCUGUAUAAGGCUUUAUAGAUCAAAACCAGCACUUUGAGGCAGAUGAAGAUGAUGGAUUUUGCAGAACUGGCAAAGCUGACAGGAGAAAUCUGAAACCAGCAUGAUCAAGUAUUCCAAAAGGACUGGAGUAAAUUUAUACAAUAUUUGAAAGAUUAUUGUAAGCAAUUAACAUCACUAGCAGUGUUGUCUGAAGACUUGUAAUGAGAAAUUUUCUACCUUUCUAUAUUUAUUUAAAUUUCAAGUCAUUUCAUAAUGAGUACAAUUAGAAUUGGAAAAUGUAAAAACUGCAAUGAUAUAAAGGUUAAUUUUGAUAGUCAUGAGGCGGGAGGGAAGGAAGUUGAUGGCUCUAAGAGCCAGGGUGGUAAAGUGGAUAAUGAUGAUGUGAAUGUAUAUAAUUAAAUGGAAAAUAAGUAAAAAUUAUAUAUAUAUAUAUAGAUAUAGAUACACACACACACACACCCCAGCACUUUGAAUUGGGCCAGGAAACUAAUUAGUAGUACAGUUGGGCAGGAUCAGUGUAAUAUGCUCAAACUGUCUUGCCCCAGUGAGCAACCAAGCCACUGAAUUCUGCACCAACUUAAGUUUCUGAACUAUCUUCAGAGGCAGCUCCAUGUAUAGCACGUUGUAGUAAUCUAAUUUAGAGGUUAGCAGAGCAUAGAUGACAGAAGAUAGGCUAUCCCUGUCCAGAUAGGGGUGCAGCUGGGCCACCAGCCAAAGCUGAUGGAAGGCAACUGUGCAGAAGGGUUGUUCUUAUAUACAAUUGUGCAGUUUCCUGCAGUGGUUUCAUGUCCUUCUGAACAUGUCUUUCUUUGUCUUCAUUUCUGUUCUUGUUGGAGUACUCGUUUAAAUGUGUUUUUUUCUAGUGAUAACUACCAUGGUCAAACAGUUGAUAGGGGCAUUUAACUUCUGAUUUGGGCGUUGCCAUCUACCACAAGAUGAUUUACUUAACCCCUUUACUGCAUUUUGACCAGAAGAGCACUUCACAGUAAGCCCAACUUUCCAUUUUUGGCCAUUAACAAUUGGAGAAUACCGUAGUACAGUGGUACAUUGGUACUCAAACAGCUUGUCUCCUGAACAAAUCGGCUUUGGAUUGCAAACGUUUUUCGGAAGCUGAACAUCUGAUGUGGCUUCUGCAGCUUCCGACUGAGUGCAGGAAGCUCCUGCAGCCAAUCAGAAGCCGUGCCUUCGUUUUCAAACUGUUUCAGGAGUCGAACAGACUCCCAGAAAGGAUUAAGUUGGAGAACCAAGGUACCACUGUAUGAGUAGAGUGUUUACACCGUACAUGAUUACUGAAGCUGGGUGCUAAGCAAUACCUCUGUUAAAUUGCUUCAAAACUCGCAGCCUACUUGAACAGAUAUGGCCAUGGACAUCUGAAUUAACACUAUGUAAAGCACUCAUUCUUGAAUUCAUUGGAAAUGUACCCUAGGUGUAUACACUUAAGCUCUUUGCUUAAACCCAAAUAGUUGAUAUUAGGAUUAUAGGUGGCUUAGGAAGCUGGAAAGGUAGAAAUCAAUAUACAUUCUUAAUGAAAAUGUGACCUUUAUGGUACUAUAAAUAUUAAUAUCAGGUUUGCUGGUGAAGAUGUAAAGUUGAGAUGCAUAGUUUUUAAUAGAGAUGCACAUUUGGAAAUACAUUUGGGUGCCUUGUGCCAAUUUGUAAGCAAAACUGCACAGAUGUUGUUGUCUGUGUGUAAUGCAGUCGUCUGAUUAGCCAUGGAAAGGAAUAGCUGGUGGCAGUGGAGAGAGCUAAGGUGAGAAAAUGGAGAGGAGACAAAGAUUAGAUAUCUGGAAGUAGGAGAGGAGAACCUAGUAGACUGAAAAUUACUAUUAUUACUACUACUACUACUACUAAUAAUAAUAAUACAACCUUUUUUUGCAUAGAGACUGAUUUUGAACCUGAUAUCUGUGAGCAGAUUUUCCAUCAAUUACUCCUUCCUUGAAAAACUGUGUCCCUGAAAAACUGUUCCAGAGGGUUGGAGCAUCUCCCCUUCCUCUUCUCCUUUGGAAUUGUCUGGUGGCUCUCAGUCCCUUCCAUAAACAGAAGGAGCCCUUCUAUUUAUAGAAGGAAUGUUGUAGAUCCAAUAUACUGAUUUUAACAUCUCUAGGAACCUGUAACUAGUGAGGAAACAUUUGAUAUGGUUAUAAAAGAAAACCCCGGAAUUUGGUGAGAAAGAUCAAACACCCAAUAAAUAUUGCUUGAUUUUGGUAAUCAACAUUUCUGGGCUUAUUCACCUGUUUUUCUGUACAGGCAGUACUGCUUUUUAGCAUUUUUGUUAUAUACAACAGUGCUUAAGCAUUUUUGCUGUCCAGUGACUGCUCAUUUGUGCACCAAGCCCUACAUGGCAUUAAGCAUAUAGUUUGGGUGCUUUUUAUUCUAAUUUAAAUAGCAAUUGUGGAGGUGGGGUGGAUUGGAGUUGUAGUGGGGGUAUAUUUUUCAACAUAUUCCUGUGGUACAAUCCUGCUGAAAAUCCCCCUUCUCUGGCUGCUGUUUACAUCUGGUGGGAAGCUGCCAUUGGCAUCAAUAUGUAGUCUGACAGCUGUUACUUUGUAAACAACAGCAUGCAACACCACGUGCUUCUGAUUUUCUUUCAGAGAAAAGGGAGAUAUUUUAUUUAUUCAUUGAGAAGCACUCUUCUCCAUGCCAAAAUUAUCACUGUGCUGUUUAUGUUUGGGAAAAUGUGUAUGCAAAUAAAGGAUUGUGAUGUUAACCUUCCAAGUGCUUAAUAUAAGCCAAUGUAUCAGAUUUUGAGGUUAGUUUCUGCUUGUAGUUUAAAUCUAGCAUUUAAAAGAGAAAUUAUGAUUUUACUACCAAGUGCUAGAACCUGUGGGUAAUGAUGAAACUUCGAUAUUACCUCACUUCCAUUUUGCUCACUUCUAUAGUUGCUUGGAAACUGUGGGUCUUUCUAAACUAUAAUAAUUCACAGUACAAUAGACCAAUAUUAGCCAGAAGAAAAUGUGAAGCAUCUUUCCUUAGCAGGGGAAAUGUCAAAUCUUUAUGAAGGAUUUUCUUUCUUGCAUAUUAGUACAGUCUUACUAAGACAGUGGUCCUGUUAAGAUAUUUUGCUACCUGGUUUUUCAGACCAUGGUUUAGCAAUUGGGAGCACACCACAGCACUGCAGACUUAUUUGCCCACUCCCACCUACAUUCUUCCUCCCUCGCACCCUCGUAAGUAUUUACAAUGGUUUGCACAGAAUAAUUUGUUUGAGAGCAAUUAAUGGUUAAUGGUGAUUGUAGUUCAGAGGUCACAGAAAACUCUUAAGUUAUCACUAACCAGGAAAGGGAGGGGGGGAAAGUGUAUGAGUCCAGGAAAGGGGGACAAUCAAGCCUGCAGGGGAGUUCUGACCACCAAACAAAGUUUGAUUAUCACAUAGCAUGACAUCUGAACCAAGCCUUUUUGAUAAUUGAAACACAUCUUUUAGGUAGCAGGUUCUACUGAAAAUUCAAUGUAUGUUUUUCACUUCCUGUUUUUUGUUUUUAUUAAUAGCAAACUCAAUGAUACUUAGAAAUCCAUCUUCCCUGUAGUGUGCCUUGUUCAGUGGAGUGCUCCCAGUGGUUGAAAUUGGGAUGGCUGGAAGGUUUACUUUACACCUCUGGCCUCCUGUGCCAGCCACUGGCCUAGUUAGCAUGUCACACUAAGCCACACCACAGCUUAGUGGCGGGCCUUGGAGCAGAGACUGCAGCUGCUUUGCUUUCCUCUGGCUGAAUUAAGUUGCAAUUUGGCAUAGCAUGUUGUCAGGUCAGGCAUACUUUUUAUUUUCUCUCCCCAAAAAACCCUAUCAAUUAACCACAGGACGGCUCAGGGUUCGCCUGGAGAGAGCUAAACCAUGAGCCUGGGUUUGGAUGACACGCUAAACCAAACCAGGGCUUAGCUCAGCAUAGCGUCAGAAUGACCAGGAAGGAGCAAAGCUGCCUGUCUCAUCUCCUAGAGCCCAAACACCUAUGUGAAGUAGGCCAUUGGGAUAUGUAGAAUUCUGUAGAGAUCUGUAUAGCUGUUUGACUGUUGAAGUUACAUGUAUCAAGCCCUCCCAUGUAGUAAGUUGGUACUUAGGGGAGCACUCCAAUAAGCAAAUGUUCUAAUGUGACUCGUGGGUGUGCUUUAAAAUGUCUAAGGCAGGGUGGUCCAACACACUGCCUGAGGACUGAAUGUGGCCCCUGAUACCUUUUUAGGUAGCCCUUGGCAACACUUUAUGCCCCCCACAGCCCUCGCACUGACUUUCCAAAGCCAGGUAAGCUGGGUUUUGAGAAAGAAGUAUGAGGGCUCUGACAGGGUCCUAGAGUUCUCCGUCCUCCUUUCCAAAGCCUUGUUAGCACGUUCCCAGCUUUGGAAAGGCUCUAGGACCUUGCCAGAUCCUUGCACUUCCUUCCCAAAGCCUGGCACCCCCGUGACAAGGCAGAGUGUGGCCUGCGGGUUCCGUGUCAAAGUAUUCUAGUAGCCCACUUGGUAUGAAGUUGGACCACCCUGGUCUAAGGACUUGGAUUCAUGUGUAAUAUAUUUUGUAAUGGGUCCACCUGUUUGCAUUUAUUAUAUUGGCUUUUUAUGUAUUAAAAGUGGACUGCAACAAUUCUGUCAAAUUGAAAGUCAAAUGCGUACACUUAAAUUCGCUAAAUAACCCAGAGCCACAAAUGGAGCACAGCAUUAGAAGCAUGUGAUUCUUUAAAACUUUUCUGAAAUAACAUUUUUACACAUUUCCUAGAAAUUUGUACGGUCGGGCACCUGUGGACUUUACUUAGGAAGGAGUUCAGAGGAGCUGGGUCACAAAAGAGAAAGCCCUGCUUGUAUGCAUGCAAAGUUUGUUUUUUAAUGGUUUGUACAGUGGAUUACACCAUGUGAUAACACUGGUACUUUAAGGGACAGCAUAUUUGAAGAGUUGAUGAAGAAGUGUUAUGGUGAAAAUUGUGUCUCUAAUAGGGCUAGAGUCUUUUAAUUUUAAAGGUAACAGUAUAUUUAUUCUCCUACCAGGAGCUUUUAUCACUUGCCAAACGGAAACGUGGUGACUCUGAGGAAAAGGAAGCACCUGCUAGUAAGCCUACAGCAUCUUCAGAUUCUGAGACUUCAGACAGCGAUGUAGAGGUAAGCUUUUCUACAAGAAUAAGUGGAUUGCAUCAAAUCAGUGUGGAUUCUGCAAUAUAAAUCAGUAUUAUAAUCUGGCUUCUCUUGUAGUUUGUCCUAUCUCCUGUAAAAUUAACUUGAUUGUUUGGGAAAGCCUCAGCCUUGCCACAUGAUUCUCUUCAUUUCUCCUGUGAUACAGUGGACAGUCGGAGGUUCUAAAAACAAAAAGAAAGUGAAAACUGGGAAAGCAGAGAAAAAAGGAGCCAUGAAGAAACAGAUGAACAAAGCAGCCUCAUCGGGCAGUUCUGAUAAAGAAAGCUCAGCAGAGAGCUCUGCACCUGAAGAGGGUAAGAGGAUGCACCAUGUCAGUAAUGUGGGUGGUUUUCUGUAGGCACUCAUUUUCUGUUGGGCUUAGAUUGUUUUUCCAGGUCAGAUUAUUUUUAUAUUUGCAGUAGGCUAUGCUGAAGUACUAAAAGCAUAUGUAAAUCACUGGUGUGCUUGUUUAAUGUUUCCUAUCACUCUAGGUAUUUAGAUGUAAAGGGCAAGAAAGGGACAAUGGUUUAAGCCUUCUGUAAUAAGAUACGUGUAAUUUUAUUUUCCUGGUCUGUUCUAAUCAUUUCUUCCUCCCUUUACAAAUCUAGUGUGAGAUUCAUCUAAUGCAGGCAUAGGCAAACUCGGCCUUCCAGAUGUUUUGGGAUUGCAACUCCCAUCAUCACUGGCCACUGGUCCUGUUAGCUAGGGAUGGUAGGAGUUGUAGUCCCAAAAGAAGAAGAAGAAGAGGAGUAGUAGUUUGGAUUUGAUAUCCCUCUUUAUCACUACCCUAAGGAGUCUCAAAGCGGCUAACAAUCUCCUUUCCCUCCCUCCCUCACAACAAACACUCUGUGAUGUACGUGAGACUGAAAGACUUCAGAGAAGUGUGACUACUCCAAGGUCACCCAGCAGAUGCAUGUGGAGAAGCAGAGACGCGAACCCGGUUCACCAGAUUACAAGUCUACCGCUCUUAACCACUACACCACCCUGGCUCUGGAGGGUCAAGUUUGCCUAUGCCUGAUCUAAUGAGUCUCAUUAGCAGAAGCCCUGUGCAAGUAUUGGGAGAACCUCCAGAACAGUGUGCAGAGGGGGGCAAUAUUAAAUUCCUCCCCUAGUGUCUUGGACCAUUCUUGUGAUUGUCUGAGCUAUAUGCUAAUAGUAUUCAGCCGCUUGCUAUUGUGUAUGAGGCCACUUCUUUAUUCUUUGCACUGGAGGUGAGAAAUCUGUGGUCCUUCAGGUCUUGUUGGACUCCCAUCAGCCUCAAACAGCAUGAUUAAUGGUAAGAGUUGACAAGUUUUUCUUUCCCUUAAGGAAUGUGUUUCAUUUACCAUUGCUGUAGCCUGCUUUGAACCCUUGGAGUAAAACGAAUAAUACAUCUGAAUGUGGCUUUGGUAUUCUCAGUAUUGUAAUCUUUCUGACAUUCUUAGACCUUUGGGCUGUACCUGUACUUUUUGCCUAAAAGUAACUUUCUUUUACAAUCCUGCAACUCCAUCCUAUGCAGAGGCCCACAUACUCUAUUAGUUUUACUUUAUUAAGGAGUAACAAAAGAUAUAAUAAUGUGUAUGUAUUUUCUCCUGCCAUAGUCCAGGUUUGUUAGUGAUACUUGCUACUUUCUCACAGGUAUGCGUGUAUUUUAGUGCCAGCAGUGUACAUGGCAUGCUCCAAAGUAGUAAAGGAAAAGACAGGUACCUGCCUGAGGAGCUUAGAAUACAAAGUUAGAUGGUGAUGGGGAGAAGGGGAAGCAAUAGUAACAAGGAAUGUAUGCAAGCAAACGACCUUGGUCUUUAUCUGGAGUUCUGCAGUUGACUCAGCAGAGUGGAUUCUUUCUGUUUUGUUUCAGGUGAAGUAUCUGACUCUGAAAGCAAUAGCUCUUGUUCCAGCUCAGACUCUGAUUCAUCUUCAGAAGAUGAGUUCACUGAUGGCUAUGGGGAGGACCUCAUGGGUGAUGAAGAGGACAGAGCUCGGCUAGAACAGAUGACAGAAAAGGAGAGGGAGCAGGAGUUGUUUAAUCGGAUAGAGAAGAGAGAGGUUCUAAAGAGGAGGUGAGGUUUAUGAUUAAAGGCUAACUUAAAUAACAAUUCCAGUGCCCUCUACAUAUGCAACACACACCCUCAUGUCCAUAUUUCUAGUAAGCUUGCUAGUUUUCAUUUUGGUCAAUGCCUACUUGUGCUCAGUAUCGGUAGGAUACCUGCAAAUCAUUUCCCAGCUGGUUUGGUUUCAAAAAAAAGGACAGAAAUGGAGUUAAUGCAGAUUACCAAAUUAUCCUUUGCAGGGUGCAAGAAAUUGUCAGAAUGUGUUGUUUUCGUUUCCUAUCUAUAUUAGAUAUAGAUACACCCUACACAGGGACGCGGGUGGCGCUGUGGGUAAAACCUCAGCGCCUAGGACUUGCCGAUCACAUGGUCGGCGGUUCGAAUCCCCGUGGCAGGGUGCACUCCCGUCGUUCGGUCCCAGCGCCUGCCAACCUAGCAGUUCGAAAGCACCCCCGGGUGCAAGUAGAUAAAUAGGGACCGCUUACCAGCGGGAAGGUAAACAGCGUUCCGUGUGCUGCACUGGCUCGCCAGAUGCAGCUUGUCACGCUGGCCACGUGACCCGGAAGUGUCUGCGGACAGCGCUGGCUCUCGGCCUAUAGAGUGAGAUGAGCGCACAACCCUAGAGUCUGGCAAGACUGGCCCGUACGGGCAGGGGUACCUUUACCUUUACCUUACACACUACACACGCAUAUACAUAUACAUCUACACACUACAUAUACAUAUACAUAUACAUAUACACACUACAUAUACAUAUAGAAACACAAACAAAUAGUGUCAUACCACCAGAUCUCCAAGCUACUGAAAAUUAAAUACAGGAAGAGGAUAGAAAAAAUUACACUGCCCUCAAUAAAAGUGCUUUUCAAUUCUUCCCACUGUCCUAGAGUAGUCAUGCUUUAAAGUGAUCAAUCCCAUCAACUCAAACACUUGGGCUCACCUGCCAGCUUCUAGAUCUGGUAUUUUGCUUUGAAACUGAGCAACAAGUCACCUGAUUUUGCCAGUAAUUUGCCUAGUCUGUAACAGUAAUGGGUGGACAUGUUUUUCACCCACCUUUAGUGUAACUAUUAUUACGGUCUAUUCCUUCUUAUAAUUCUCUUGCUUUAGAGCAGUGAUGGGAAGCCACUAUUCAGAUUCAUCCCAUAACGGGAGCUGGGAGAGAGAAGUGGUGAUGGUAAAAAUAAAAGGCUGUUGAAAGAGACAAGAGAUAUGUCCCUCUGUAUCCAGCUCCUGCCUCACCCGCUUUUGGGCUUUAGUAACUGCCAUCUCUAGCCCCACUCACCCCCCAAUCUAUGCUGCUGUCCCCCAGGAAAUGGAAUUGUUGGCAUACAAAAAUAGCUUCCCAUCCCUGCUUUAAGAGUUUUUCAUCUAUUAUAAUAUUUCAUCCUCCCUUGACUUCUAAUGAUGUGUGAAAGUGACUGCAGGUUCUUACUCAUUUUUCCCUUGUUUUGAGCCCAGGUUUGAAAUAAAAAAGAAAUUAAAGACAGCAAAAAAGAAAGAAAAGAAAGAGAAAAAGAAGAAGCAAGAAGAAGAGCAGGAGAAGAAAAAACUCACCCAGAUCCAGGAAUCCCAGGUAAGAACAUAGCAAGCUCACUUUAUCAGGUGAUAACAAAUGCCUAAAACCAGGUGUUUGUGAUGUGAAAUUACUCAGAUGUUUGUGAUGUGAAAUCACUCAGAAUCACUCAGGUGAAAUCAUGCACCUUCAUCCUAACCAAACCAGAUUAAAUAAUGGUCUGAAUGAAAACUGAACAGGAGCAAUGCAUUUUUGUCUUGUCUUCCAUUAUUCCUUAUAUAGGUAGCAGUCCUUUGAUAAACCAUUUCUAGGAAGUAUCUGCGUUGUAAUAUAGCAAAAAGAAGACUCUUAUGGCACUAUAAAGGCUAACAGAUUUAUAAUCAAUAAAUCUGAGGUGCCACUGGACUCCAUUUUUGGAAAAUCAUGUAAUCACUUUCUGUUGUGCCAAUGUGACCAAUAACAGAGCUACAGUAGCUUGUCUGCACUUCUGGAUGACAUAUUUGCAUGCAGAAAAUGGUCUGUUUUUAUGCCCUCUUCUUUAGAUAAGUUAAUGAAGUGGUGCAGAAUAAAACCUUUUUUAGAAAAAAUUCCAGGCCAGCUUUAAAUGGUCAUUACAAACCAAAUUUUACAAAUAAUCCAGAAGACUUAAAAACAUAGUAAAGAGAAGUGAUGUGGACGAAAUCUAAGUAGCUAUUAUAGAGGUGGCUGUGUGUUUCCAUAGGUCAUGUCACACAAUAAAGAGCGACGGUCAAAGCGAGAUGAAAAAUUGGAUAAGAAAUCCCAAGCCAUGGAAGAACUGAAAGCAGAAAGGGAGAAAAGGAAGAACAGAACAGGUUAGUUCAAAAGCCCAUGAAAAGGAUCUAUUGUGGAGUACAUUUCCAGUUAAAGAAUGUGGGUGCUCCUUGAUGCCCAGGGACUACACUUUUUACAGAGCCUUGAUUUCGUUUAACUAACUGUUUCCUGAUUACUUUUUUUCAGUGACUUUACAUGCUUUUAAGGGCCGUUAACUUGUAUGUUCAUAGUAAGUGAUAGACUUAUACCCUCAAUAUCAGGCAUAGGCAAACUCUGCCCUCCAGCUGUUUUGGGACUACAACUCCCAUCAUCCCUAGCUAACAGGACCAGUGGUCAGGGAUGGUGGGAGUUGUAGUCCCAAAACAUCUGUAGGGCCGAGUUUGCCUAUGCCUGCUCAAUAUGAACUAAAAGGCUUCUCCAGUGCUCACUACCAAAGCAGUGCCUAGGGACUAGGCACAAGCUACGCAAAAGUUUUAUUCUUUCCUGAAUGUCAUUGGCUGGGGAUACUGAUAUUUCUGUUAAGAUUUAAUUUGUGUUUUUCCUGACGGGAUGGUCAGGAAAUACAGGAAGCUGCCUUUUAUGGAGUCAUACUACUGAUUCAUCAAGCCCAGUAUCUUCUACAUUGGCAGCUUUCAAGGGUUUCAGACAAGGGUCUCUCCCAGUCCUGCCUGGAGAUGGUGGGAAUUGAACUUGAGUCCUGUGUGGGUUUUUUACUAGAACUAAAGAUCCACGAGCCUUAAGAAUUAAAAGAUUCAGAGCCCAGGAAUAUUGGGUAUCAGAGCUGAACAGACAUCAUAGUCCUUCUACUUUUUGCCUCAAAACUUUCUUUAGUUUAUCAGGCAAAUUCAGAUUGGGCAUAUGGAAUCAUUUCCUUGCUACUUUUGUUAUAAGAUUGAGAAUCAGAAACCUUUCUUGAGCUGAUGCAAAUCUUCCAGAGAUCAAUCUUCUGCCCCCUCUUGCAUUAGAGCAUCUGAUUUUGUGAGCUUCCUGCAGUUUAAAACGGUAUCCCAAAAAGGAAGCAAUGUUCAUUCUUUAACAUGGCUAUAGCUCUUAACUAACUCCUUUUCCCUAAACUAACAACCAAGAUGUUGGGUUUUUUAUGCAUCAGUGACACACACAGUGGAAGUAGACUAUUUGACAGUUAAUCAGGCUACUCUUUUCAAAGCACAUUUCUUGGAGUUACUUGUAUGUGCUAUAGAUUUGCAGACUUCUAAUGUUAACAUUUAGGGAAAACCUUAUUUUUAUUUUAUUUCCUCUUACAGCUUCAUCUUAUAACCUUGAUGCAAAUGCAUAUGCAAAUGAAAACUGUUAUCCAUCUUGUAUUGGGAUAUCUGUCUGGCUCACUUGCACUUUUUUAAUUAAGAUAUUUCUAACACACCCUUCAUCCAUGGAUCCCAGAGUAGGAUAUAUUGUAUAGUCCAGAGUAGGAUAUAUUGUAUAGUUACAAAACAUCAAUUACAUAAAAAAUCAAUGUUGUUCAUGCUGUGUUUUGUCCCCAGCACCUAAGUUUUUAAAAGGCAAUGGGUACAAAACUAGUAAAUGUUCUCCGUUGAUGUUUUGUCUUGCAGCUAAUGCUAGAGCAAACAUAUGUGAGCAGUUCUUCAGAUUUAAUGGACAUCAGUAAAUGUAUUUCUUUAGCAUUCACAAGUGAACAUUAUACACCUGUGUUGCUUUGAACAGUAGUAUGUCCAAAUAACAGCUCCCUUAAUAGUGUCUCAUCAGAAGGUGCACAGAUGGCAAUAUAUCUACCAUCUGUGCUCUGGUAUCCACCAGAGUUCAGAGUGUGAACACAUUUUACUAAUUCAGAAUUGAUAUAAAGAGACAUGCAAAUUGCCAGUGUACAUGAACUAAUUUUUGUAUGAUUGUGUUGAAGAGCUGCCCAUGUAAAUCUAACAUGUAAUUUAUUUCUAAGGUUUAUAUCCAAGAUACAUAAUGAAGUAAGAUGUGGUAGAUGAAUAGCAAUUUCCUUUACUCAAAUGCAGUAAUCAAUAAAGCUUAAUUUGAGCCAAAAAGAAUUCAGCCAUGCUUAGCCCUGGAUUGGAACUCAGCUUGGAAGAAAAAAAAAUGUGAAUACGGCUAACAGCAUGGGCUCCCUUGAGGCAAUAUCUGGUUAGAGCCUUACUUAUUUUAACUAAAGGAGUCUUUGGUCGAGGAAACUGAACAGAAGAGAAUUAUGUCAUUUUUUCUUUGUAGCUGAGUUGCUCUUAAAGAAGCAGCCAUUAAAAACGAGUGAAGUUUACUCAGAUGAUGAAGAGGAAGAAGAAGACGAUAAAUCUAGUGAGAAAACUGAUCGUUCAUCCAGAUCUUCAUCUUCAGAUGAGGAGGAAGAGUAAGUACUGAAGUACUGCUUGAGGGCAGUGAAUAAAGCUGUAUACCUUUCAUAGUAUUCUGUGUGGGCUAUGCUUGUUUUCAUCUUAUGAGAGAGCCAGUGUGCUGUAGUAGGACUGGGGAAGCCCACUUUCAAUAUUUCAGGAACACUGGGUAACUUUUAGCCAUUCACUACCUGUCAGCCCAAUCUACCUCACAAGAUCGUUGUGGGGAUCAAAUGGAAGACAGGAGAACCAUUUGCACCACCUUCAACCCUUUAGCAUAAAGGUGAGAUAAAUGGCUUUCACUUGCUUGCUUUCCAAAAAAUAAACCCCCCCCCGUCCAUUUUUAAAGAACCAGUUAAAAUACUUUACUGCAAGGGCUUUGCUGAAGUUUUGUCUAAAGUGAAGGGUUCCACCACUGCAAAAAUAAAAAUAAAAAUUGAGAACCAGUGUGUUAAUGUGUGGAUUUUGUUACGUGAGUGUGGCACUCUCGUUCUGUUUGAAUAUUUCCUCCUGUGUCAUGCUAGGAAAGAAGAAAUCCCUCCUAAAUCACAGCCGGUGUCCUUGCCUGAAGAACUGAAUCGGGUUCGAUUAUCUCGACACAAACUAGAGCGAUGGUGUCACAUGCCUUUCUUUGCCAAGACGGUCACUGGCUGCUUUGUGCGCAUCGGCAUAGGAAACCACAAUAGCAAACCAGUUUACAGAGUGAGUAUAUCCUUGAUCAAACCCAAUUCCUGUUGACACCAGAAGCAGCAAGACACUGUACAAAUAUAUGGUGAUGGGAAAGCGGGUAAUUACACAACACAGUAUUAGUUGUGAAGCCCUUUUACUUAUCCCACCUUGCUGUCCUCUUUUUCUUAAUAAAUACAAAGAUCUAUAGAAUCCCUUGUUUUACCAGUGGAACGGACAACACUGGCAGAAUGCGCUCCCUGAUGCAGCUCUCUGUGCACUCCAGAAUCUGUUUCAAAAAGUUGGAAGACCCUCCGGAGCAGAUGAGGGGAGGUACCAAGGGAGUACAGCAGUGAGAAGAGGAAGGGGAAUUUCUCUUGUAGAAAUAGAAGUCCACUGUUGUGAAAUUAGCUGCCACCUGUUACGUUGGGUCCAAAUUUAACCAUCUACCAUUGAUUCCGCAGAGGAAUGCAGCUGAUAACAAUGGAAAUGAGUAUUUUUGCAUACCCCUGGUGCUCUGGAGCAUCCUCUGACCUGCUGAGGGAAGGGGGAUAUAGCAAAAGUCCUCAUCUCCGUUCCAUUGGUGGGAGAAUCUUCUGAGCAGAACUUCUAAGGCUGCCUUCUCAACCUGUGGGUCCCCAGAUGUUGUUGAACUACAACUCCCAUCUUCCCUAGCUAGCAAGGCCAGAGCUCAGGGAUGAUGGGAGUUGUAGUCCAACAACAUCUGGGGACCCACAGGUUGAGAACCGCUGUUCUAAGGGAAUGCGCGCACCACUAGGAACAAUGCUUGAUCCAAGCCAUUGUAAUUUAAAUGUUGCCAUUAUAUUUUGUUUAUGAGAUAAGGCCUUAUUGCUUCAGAAACAAAGAACACCAUUGCAGAUGUGCCAGUAGGCAUGGCAUUUUGUUCCAGCUCCAUCUAGACAUUCCUUCUUAAGUUUGCCUCUUCUUGACUCCUUUCCCCCUCCGUUAGAAAAAGUAUGUAUGGAAAUACUCAUCCUUUUUCAUUUUAUCUUUAUUUAUAUAGGUGGCAGAAAUAACAGGUGUUGUAGAAACUGCAAAGGUUUAUCAGCUUGGAGGUACCAGGACAAACAAAGGGUUGCAGUUAAGGUAAGACCUACUCCAUCAUUUUGAGAGUGUGCUAUAUGAGAGGUGAAUGCCAGAAUACUUCUAUCCUUGAGUAGUAGGAAGCUGAUAAAUUGCUGUCAGGGGAUUGAGCACAGAGGAGUUUAUCCAACGAAGUUGGUCCAUUUGCACCAGGACUUCCUCAUGCGCAACAGAAUUUACAGGACGCUCCCACUGAAGGACUGGAGGGGAGGCAAUUUUUGCCUAUUCCUUCUUUCCCCUGUGCUCUUUGAAAUACUUUUCCAGAGGCUUCAGGGACCCUCAAAGAGUGUGGGAGGUGGCUUGAGGAGCAAAAGGGAAAUCUUGUGAAAAUUGCUUCCUCCAUCAGGACCUUCUGCUGGAUUUCGGGCCUUCCCAAUAUUUUCCUUAGAGAUAUGAAAAAAAUGGAGCGUCCAAACAAACAUUUGAGUGAAACUGAGUGUAUGUAUGCUAUGUUAUUCAUACCAACACUUCCCCCUUCACCGUUGCCAGCAAAUUUAGAAUGUGUCUUCCUGUAGCAAAGAUAGAGUUGGCGUAACAUAGUCACUAUACAAAGGUAUACUUAGUAGCCAGCUAUAAAUGCACUUUAUAUCUGUCUCCUGCUGCCCUGCCCUUGGGAAGGUGCUGUAGAAUGAUGGCUCCUUUUUUCCUUCUCUGUGCAGGCACGGCAGUGACCAGCGUGUGUUCCGCUUAGAAUUUGUCUCCAAUCAAGAAUUCACAGAGAGCGAGUUCAUGAAGUGGAAGGAAGCUGUAAGUAUUUCCAUUUUUCCAAACAGGAGUGUUGAAUGGUGAAUGAAGUACUCUUGACGCUAUUUCUCUUUUUAACAUCUAGAUGUUUUCUGCUGGGAUGCAGCUACCAACACUAGACGAGAUAAACAAGAAGGACAUGUCUAUCAAAGAAGCCCUCAACUAUAAAUUCAAUGACCAGGACAUUGAGGAGGUAAAUGAAGAAAAUGUACUUUUGAGCUGAACCCAUACAAUUGAAGGUUCACAAUGGAAAGGUAGGUGAGCUCUUAGAUGUUCUCAGGUGCCAGAUUCUAGUUCUGUAAAGAUAAGAUGGGUUAGACUUCCUGUUCGUGUUGGGAAAGACAUCGUAUUGGAAAAGACUCUUUAUAUUGGGAAUGGGAAACCUGUGGCCGCCCAGAUUUUGUUGGACUCACAUCAGCCCAAAGCAGCAGCACCAGUGGUCAGGGAUGAUGAGAGCUGUAGCCCAAAAAUGUCUGGAGGUCUAUGGAUUCCCUAUCUCUGGUUCUUAUCCUAUUUUAGUGUUGUUGGCAUAUCACAGUUACUCUACUUACUUCAGAUUUGCAAAAGUUAGAUCACAGCAGUAAGGCACUAAAGACUAGGUUUGUAAGGGAGGAGGAGAGAUGGGUUGUUGUUUUUUAGCAUCUGCCCACAGGAGAAAUUAGCUGGGCUCUGCAGUACUUACUGUAUUUUUUGCUCUGUAAGACACACUUUUUCCCUCCUAAAAAGUAAGGGGAAAUGUGUGUGCAUCUUAUGGAGCAAAUGCAGGCUGCGCAGCUAUCCCAGAAGCCAGAACAGCAAGAGGGAUCACUGCGCAGCGCUCCCUCUUGCCGUUCUAGCGUCUGGCUUAGCCCCGCGCAGCCUCUUCUGGGCAGGGGGAGCCUUCAUCCCGCUGCCCUGAAGAGGCUGCCAGAAGCUAGAACAGCGAGAGGGAGUGCUGAGCAGCGAUCCCUCAUGCUGUUCUGGCUUCUGGGAUUCAGAAUACUUGUUUUCUUGUUUUCCUCCUCCAAAAACUAGGUGCGUCUUAUAGAGCGAAAAAUAUGGUACCACCCAUAAUCAUGUAACAACAAAGAUAGACUGCAGUUACUCUUCAUAGAUUAUUGUGGGCUAGUGGACAUGCAGCCAGUGUGUUAACAUGAUGGAAUAAAUUUUAAAAUGCUUCUUUACUGUUCUUGUACCAUGUAAAUACAGGCUAGAAACAAAAAUUUCAUCAGGCCACAAAGUGAGUGAUGUAGCCUGGCUUGUCAGGGCUUGAAUAGAGUGAGCCAGAGCAGCUUUUUCAUAACUAACCAUCAGUUAGCCCACCUUUCAUAAUGUCCCCCCCGCCCCUUGUGCAUUUGUAGAUUGUAAAAGAGAAAGAAAGGUUCCGGAAAGCACCACCAAACUAUGCCAUGAAGAAAACACAGCUACUAAAAGAGAAGGUAAAAUAUGGUGACACUGGGAAAUGGCCCCUAAAAUAAUUUCUUGCAAGAUUAAAGCCACCUUAAGUGCUGGUCUUUUCAAUAUAUAUUUCAGUAAUAUUGCUUAGCUUGUUUCCUUGGGGGGGAAAUCAGUAUCCCCUUUAUUGCUGACAAUCCUUUGUAAAGAUUGACACAACUUGUUCAAAUUUGAUAAGUGCACUAACUGUUGCUUCUCUUACCUUGAGUCAGAUCCCUGUUGAUCCUGAAGUAUAAUAUAUUAUUAAGAAAGAAAGAAAGCACAUAACCAGUUGAACUAACAACAUAAUAACCUCAUGGUUUUUAAUCAAUUCACAUAGCUGAUGCUACGACAGUGGUUCAUUCCUAACAAAUAAUUAUUUUUAUUAAAGGCCAUGGCAGAAGACAUGGGAGAUCAGGACAGAGCAAAACAGAUUCAAGACCAGCUUAAUGAGUUAGAGGAGAGAGCAGAGGCCUUGGAUCGCCAGCGAACGAAAAAUAUUUCAGCCAUCAGGUUGGUACCUAAUAUUUAAUAAUAGACAUGGGAACAGAAAACCAGCAAUACUGCUUUUGUGACCAGUAUUGGUCACUGCUGUUAUUUCAGAGUGAUCUUGUUAAUUUUCCAUCUGGACAGAAUCUGCUACUUUUCAGGGUUCAGAAUUUAUCUCUCAUUUCAGUCAUUUCAAAAAGAAAUAGAAAGUGGCUUCUAGAAAAAUAGCUUGUUGAGAUCCUGAAUUUCAAAAUUCCUUUCUAAUACAUGAGGUAAGUGAAAUACAUACACCUUUUCUUUUUCUUUCGUUUUGCAGUUACAUCAAUCAGAGGAAUCGAGAAUGGAACAUUGUGGAAUCUGAAAAGGCUCUAGUGGUGAGUGAUGUUGAUAGUGCAAAGAAGGCAAAAUAUAUUGUCAUGGGAAAGGUGGCUCUCUGAACUCUCUGCUGCUUUUUACGAUGACGUAUAAUUUUCUGGACAGCCUUUAGUAUCAAGCAUUUAGUAUCAAGCAAUAACAUGCAACUAUACUUGAGUGGCACUGUUGUGAUAAAGUAACUUAAAGCCUGCCUGCUGAAAAGGUCCAGUCCAUUUAUCAAAGCAGGAACAUGAGAAAAAUAGCAUUUGCUGGAGGCUGACUUUCCCUGUCAAACACAUUUUCCUGUCUGGGAUGAUGAAAGGGCUACAGCGACCAUUGGCUUUUAGUGCCACUAUAUAACUGUGGUUUGAAACUGUCUCAACCUGGAAAGCUUUAUGAUUGUUAAGAGCCUAGGGUAGGGGAAAACCUAUUGAUAGAAGACAAGGGAAAUGUUUAGCACUCUAGUUUGUAGUCGCACCCUCCAUAGGCAUGUUUUCUCACCCUUCCCAAUCCUGUCUUGCAUAUAUGGUAAAUGAGGAAGAAAAUGUUUUUCCCAACAUACUCACUUGGGACUCCUACAUAUGGAAGGUGUCUUCCAAUUGUUCUUAAAUAUUCCAUUUGUGAAUUGCUCAAGCAGUAUCGGCACCUGCAGUCCUACUUUAGCUUUCUGAUAAGUUGUGGGGUGGACAAAUUGUUUUCAUUAUGAACCUAAGAGGAGCCCUGCUGGAUCUGACUAAAGGCCCACCUAGUCCAGUAUCCUGUUUUCUAGCAGCCAAAAACAUGCCUGUGGGUUCCCCAAAAGCAGGACACAGGGACAGUAGCCCUCUCCUUGUUUCCGAGGAGCUGCAUUUGGAGAUAUACUGGGGAAAGUAUAAGGCAAGUCAGGACUGCAUAUUUCAUAUUUCUCUCUGCAGGCUGAAAGCCACAGUAUGAAAAACCAACAGAUGGAUCCCUUUACUCGGCGGCAGUGUAAGCCCACAAUAGUCUCCAACGUAAGUAAAAUGCAGAGAUUUGACAGCAAUCGGGAGCAGAGCAAGCUAUUCACAUAUGGGGGGGGGGGUGUAUGGAGAGAGAGAGAGAGAGAGAGAGAAUCUAGAUGCGGCAACGUAAGGUGUGGAUCACUGAAAAUGUAUCUAGAAGAAGGCAGCACUAUAGUCUAUUGCCCACUGCACAGGAGAACAGUAUAUUCAUUUCCUGUUUCAGCAGAGUGCUGUAUUGGUGUGCAAAUCCCAUUUUUAUAGCUGAAGCAGAGUAUUUCUGUCAUGCAUGGAAAAUCUCUGAAACCAUUUGGAAAGAUAGGGUAUAUGUUUCUAACUAUACGUUUAUUGAGUUGUGGGAUAUGGGUACACGGGAUAUAUUAAGGGUUGGGAUUCAGCUACUGAGUCCUCUCAGUGGAAGCCCCGCUCAGAGACUUCCACUUGUACAAUGGGGUUUCCCCCUCCCUCUGUGCACACCCUACCCCCUAAAAUUGGUUUUGGGAGGUCGGGGAAAUCCCCCAUAACAGUGUUGAGGAAUGAGGUUUGUUCCAUUCCAUUCCACAAGCUAAAAAGCUUGUGCUGAUCAGAAGAGUAUUACCUUUAAUUCCUCCCUUUAUAUACAUACUUGUUUCUGUAUGAAGAGAGAAAUGUUAACCUAUAAAUGGUCAAGUCCAUUGUUCAACCUGACAUUAAAUUUCUUCCUUUGUCACAGUCUAGAGAUCCUGCUGUCCAAGCUGCUAUUCUUGCCCAACUUAAUGCAAAAUACGGAUCAGGUGUAUUGCCAGAUGCUCCAAAGGACAUGAGCAAGGCAAGUUCCCUCAACUUUUUGCUGUUGCAUAUGCUUCUAUCAUGUAAUCCUUACCUUUGGAAUUGCCACCAUGUGAAAUAGUCACAUUUUAAGCCUCAAGCUGCGUCUAAGAAUAGAAUGGGGUCUACAAUGGAACCUUUCAGACACUAUAGCCAAUAAAGCAUGGUUGGGUAACCUUCCGUAUUACUUGAUAUUAAAUGAUGUCUCUUGUUUCAGAGUCAGGGAAAAGACAAAGAUAUGAAUUCAAAAACUGCCAGUGACCUCUCAGAGGAUCUCUUCAAAGUGCAUGAUUUUGAUGUGAAGAUUGAUCUCCAGGUUCCCAGCUCAGGUAGGUUGUGCCUGUCCCUCAGGGAAUGAAAGGUAAAGGUGGUAGAAAAGGAAAAGAGUUUUAGGUGCCACCUUGCCAAAAAAAAAAUUAAAAAAAAUAGCCGGGUGGUUUUUAAAAAAUCCAAAGCAUGCGAAUGGAAAAUACACAAAUUUUGUGCAUCCCGGCAGAAACUACGAGCAGCCAUACCUUUGAAAAAAUGAACUUCUGUUAGUAGAGCUGUUCUUUUUCUGGUUAAUGUAGCUUAAAGAACCAGAAACUUCAAAAAGUGCAGCUUCUAUUUAGACUGAGGAGCUGGUUUAAAAUUGAGAGAAGCCACCAUUGGUUUGGUGUCACCACUGCCCUCAUAGAUCCUGCUGGAUUUACUGCUUUCCUUUGCCACUGCAUCUGAGGAGGGGUCUGCUGUACUGUAGGAACUGGAAGUUUCUUAGGUCUGUCUUCUGCUCAGUGUCUCGGGGGCAGGCAGAACUCUUUUUUUUUUUUACUUAUGUUACACUGCUGGCACCACAUUAAUAAUCAUGGCUAUCCCCUGCAGAAAGCUUGCAGAGUUAAUGCCCUCCCUUGAGCCUGAUUGUUUGAAGAGAGCCAUGCACCUUGCUGAGUUACACACCUAGUAUGUGUGCCUUAUUUCCCAACAGAGUCCAAAACACUGGCUAUCACCUCCAAGGCUCCCCCAGCAAAAGAUGGCGCCCCCCGGCGAUCACUGAACCUGGAGGACUACAAGAAAAGGCGGGGGCUUAUUUGAGCAAACCCCACUCUCUGCUGCUUCUGAUCCUGCAUGCUACAUGAUAUCCCGCCCUUUAUUUUCUUCCCUCCCUCUUCAGUUUGCCCUUCGGGGUUGGAGCAGCAACAGAGCUGGGAAGAGACUCUUUAAAAUUUGCCAGCCAUCUGUAAUAUAAAUCAUUGACUCUUUACUGUAUAGACCUCCAUUUCUUGCCCUUUUCUGCCACCCACAAAUAUGGAUCCAUGCUAUUUUUAGUUUUGUUUUGUUUGUUAAUACAGCUAUUUGGAGUUGGCUGUAUGUAUUCAGUGUUAACCUGGAGUCUGGAUUUCUGCAGGAAUCUGUUGGUGGCAGAAGCAGUGUUAGCACUUGGCUGUCUCAACCACCACAAGCAAGGAAAAUUAAACCGUGGCACAAGACCUCUUGUGAAGGUCGCCUGCACUUUUUUCCUCGUCUUCUCUCCCCUUUCUCCUAGCUGUGGAGAAGGGUAUAUUUUACGAACUGGUUUAGGUUGAAAGUGUACAUUUUUGUGGGGGGUGGGUGGGUUGUGUGAAUUUUUUCCAGAUAGUUUUUUUAAAAAUCGAUUUUCACCUGCGGUAAAUUUGUAUCUGUCAUGGUUCUUUAAAUCUGUCUUGAAUUUUUACCAGCUAUAUUUGAGCAUUCAAAACAGCAGGGGCAAUUUAAUAAAUGUGAUUUUAUUUUAUUAUUUUAUUAUUUUUUACAAACAGGGAGCCUGGCUGACAAUAGCUGUGUAACUUCACACUGUUCCUUCACACAGACUUAGAAAAACCCCUUCCCUCAUCUUCCCCUCAGUCAAUGUCUUUGUAAAGCAGUAGUACAUGUGCCCUUGACUUUCCUGCUACAGGUAGGUGGGGCAGUUUUAUUGUUCCUGGCUGCUACUUGGAUCUCUUCCCCACCCACCCCAAAAAUCCCACAACAAACCAUGUAACCUUUUGAUCUUUCAUUUUGCACCCUUACCAAAUUGCCUUUUAUAGCCAGAAUUAUUAUUUUUUCAUUUGCCUCCCGUUUUUAUUUUAUUUUUUAUUUUAAUCUUGUUCCGCAGAAUGGAAAGCGUACAGUAAAAAAUUGAAAAUAUAAGAGGGCAGUUAAUUUGACCUAUAUGUAACUGGUACAACGUGUGCAGCUGAACUCCAGCACAAGGAUUGUAUGUAUGGAAUGUCUGAAUAGGAAAAAGAUGACUGCUUGAUAAUCACUCAGGUGUAAAGAUCGAAGUGUAAAUAAAUGACAUUUUAUCAAAGAGCUCUUCAAAAUGAACUACCAUGGAUUAUACUGAACUAAGACUGUGCAUACAUUGAUGAACGUUAGUGAUCUGUCGGAUCAUGCCAGUGCCAGUGCUGGAAAAGUGCCCUAAAUAAGGAUACUUUCCUGAAGCUGGAUUAAAAGGAGAAAUCCGAACACACGUGAAGCAUUCUUAAGCAGGCCCAGAAAAUGUUUGCUCACAUCAGAAUAGAAGUUUGAGUCUUGUGGCUGUGAUCUGGGGAAUCCUUACUGAUGCUUUAAUCUAUUUCUUCUUCGAUUCCUUAUUUAAGAUUAGGGAGACACACACCUGUGUAAAACCUGAUGAAAUGAAGGGGAGGAACACACAGUCCUCCUCCCGAAGUGGUUCUCGUCAAGUUGUGUAAACUUAGUGACUUUAUUUACUACAUAGUCCAUAGCUUCGCAGACUAUUGUGUAAAUAUGUAAUCAUUCUGUUUUUCUGCCUUUUUUCUAGCUACUUUUCUCAAGCGCUUGUGGACUCUUUUAUUGACAUACAUGCUUCUAACUUUUUUUUUUUAAGUGGAUUUCUAGAAUCUGCCAAUGUUUGGGGAGCCAUCAUGAUAUGCUAUGUAGAUAUGCAUCUCUAUCACUCGGAUUUCUUUGUCAGCAACAUUAUCCGUAGUAGCCAGUCUCCCUGAUACCAACAUUUCUGAUAUAGAGAGAUAGUAAGUCCAAAACUCUUUUUAACAGAGUUCUGAUUGCCCACCAAUAUUUGCAAAGCUAUGGCAUAGGAGCAAGGAAAGAGCCGGCAAAUGUUAAACUAAUGUUCUUAUGAGCCCUCCUAAUUAUCAUGGCAGUCUGCAGCCGAAAUGCACUUCCUGACGUUGGGCUUCAUAAUCAGAGUACGGAAGGCCUCCCUAAGUUGUAAAUAAUGCAUCAGUUUAUCCUUUCCAAUUGGGUUACAGGAGUUGAUCAAAUAAAACACUGUGGAACUUUUAGGACACAAGUGAAUGAGGUCGCCAUCCUCAUGUAUCCCCUCCUUACCAAACUUAGAAGAGGUUCUCCUUUCACACAGGUAAUGGACAAUUCCUUGUCACCUUGUGUUUUUUUCACUUGAGAAUAAUGCAUUGAGGGAGUAAUAUUUUUUCUGGGAUAGCUAUGGAACUAAUUGUGUAUGAAGGUGUAAUGUUUUCUCCUCUUUUAAGUGCAUGUGACAGUGAGUGGCGACAACACAGGCUCAUUGGGAGGGAUGGGUUUAUUUGCUUUAAUUCAUUGUCUCGGCAGCAUUCGUUACAAAUGUAUAGACUUCUAUAAAUAAACUUUGGUUGGUUUUAAUAAA